AUGCCCGACAUCAACCCCGCCGACCUGUCGUCGCGCCCAGCCGUCAACCUCACCACUCCAACCCUGUCCAACAAGACAAUCACCGUCUCGACACCCUCGACCGCCGCAAAGCCCAUCAAAACCAGCCAAAUAAUACCCGCCAGGAUCGACCUCGAGCCCAUAUAUGCCGCCCUAAAGUCCGCAAUCGGCAAUGAGCAAUGGGCCAUUUACAAAGAGGCCACAACCCAAUUCUUCAUCGGCCGCCUCAACCAGGCCGAGUACUCAGAGCGCAUCGAUCCCAUAAUAUCAUCUCAACAUGGCGACAAGGAACACCUGCACAACCAGCUCCUGGCUGCCCUAUAUGCCAAUGUCACCCGUGAGAUGCCAGACCAGGGCCUGGCACCAUGGGUUAGCGCAAAUGACAAACCUGCCAUCGGCACAGGGACCAAGCCCGUGUCUGGUGAUGCUACCGAGCGGCGCCUGAAGGGGCAGGUCAUGCAACUGCCAAGCCGUGACCGCCGGCGCAUCAAGGAUAUCCAGCAAAAUGAUUUCGAUCCCUUCGAGUCCCUCGCUGGCAUCUUCGCGGAGCACACGAUCAAAUCAAAGCGGCCCAGGCUGGCUGAAGAAAGUGUGGCCAGCAGCGGCCUGAACAUGAACCGGGAACAAGACAUCAAGAAGCGAUACCUCAAUCCUUUGGGCCUGGAGUCUGGCGAAUUUCCCGACGGGAACUAUACCGACUCGCGCAUGCUACCCUACUGCUACGAGGCCGGUCUCGAGUCCGCUGCGCCCGACGCUGCGCAAUUGGUCUCCGCUGCCACCGAGUCGUUCAUCAAAGAAGUCCUUACAUCCGUAUUCAGUCGAACACGCAGCAAUGGGCCUGGCGAUUCUGGCAGUGCUGGGUUUGGAUCAACGUCAAGCUGGAUACAGACAUACAAAUACAAGAGGCAGCUCUCGAGGGAAGAAGAUGCGGUCAUGCGCGGCGAGGUCGCGCGGGACAAGUGCGGUUUGCUUCCCAUCGAGUCCAAAGCGGCGGGCGAGAGAGGCCCUCUUGGCAUUGCGGACCUUCAUCUUGCACUCGAUAUCGCGGAUUGCGGCAUGUCUCAGUUUCCUGUUAUGGUCAGGUCGCUGCUCAACGGAUACCGUGAUGGCGAGCUCGAGAACAUGAACGACCACUACUAUCUGGAUGGCCGAAAACCCGCGACGCCGAACGGCGUGGAUAGUGACAUUGCCAUGGCUGGAACCCGAGAGGACACUAAGCAACAACUCCCCAACGGGGUACCGCAUGACGAUGCGAUGGAGAUCGACGACGAGUACUUCUGGGCCGGCGCGAACGAAGAAGAUUUGGAAGGUUUGGAUGCCGUCCUAGAUUCCAUCGGGGCCAGUGGUUAG